UCAAGUUAUCCAACCGCCUUGGCCUCCCAAAAUGCUGGAAUACAGGUGUGAACUACCGUGCCCGGCCAACAAAGAGGAGUUUGGGAGACAUGAGGUCCAGAGUCUGGUGGACUCUGGCCAAGGAUGAGCCAGGGUGGACUCUGGGAGUUCAGGCGAUAUGGCUCAUCUUUGGCCCUGUGUAAUGGUUAAGAAUAUGCAUGCUGGAGCAAAAUGGCCUGGGCUCAAAUCCCCAGUUACUAGCUGAGACCAAGUUGUCAAAAAUGUACCUCAUUUUCUUUGUCUGCAAGAUAAAGACAAUUUUCUAUCCCCACAGAGCUGUGGUGGGUAUUGAGUGGAUACAUGCAAAGGGCUCAGAACAGUGCCUGGGCACUGCGAGCACUCAGCAGACAUCAGCUGUAGUGACUUUAGGCCAGUUGCCUGAUUGCUCCCAGCCCUUGGGCUCAAGCUGUAUGCACAGUUUUCCACUGGGUGAACAUUCAGGUUGGACAGGUGAGGCUGGGAAGAGGAGAAGGGCUAUAAAAGAGUCACUCAUGACAGGCGGCUUCUGUCCUGCUUAGCCUCCCCACUCUUAAGGCUGAGCUCCUAUCUGUGCCUCUGUAACAUACCAGGCCCACUUUCUCUCCCUGGUUCCUGGGGAAGCACAGAGAAGAGUGUGACCAGUUGUCUGGACAGCUGAGCAGUUGUGUCGUGGUGCAGGGCAACGCCAGCUUUAGUCACAUGGCAAAUCCCCAGGGCCAUUCCUGGAGUCCACCCUAUCCCAUAGACAAGGACUCAGCCAUGAUUCACUGUAUUCAGGUGUGGCCGGCAUUUGAGUCACCUGGUGCCCCUUCCUCCAACACCUGAGAGUCAUAGCCUGGACCAGGUUUUCUUAUGCCCCCUGAACCUCUUCUCUCUCCUUUUCUUCCUCCUUUCCUCCUUCCUUUGUUUCCUAUCCCUUGAUCUCUGAUUGAUCAGAUCUUGGCUGAUCUCCCUGAAAACUUGGAUGAUUUGAACCUGACAGAUGGAUAAUAGAGACAGUAAAUUCUAAUGCCACCCCCACACCCUGUCAGAGACAUUGCCAGGAAUGACUGAGAAGCAGGAAAAGAAGGAGCCUGCCUCUGUCAAUAUGGUGACAUUUCUGUAAUUGGAGAUAGGUGCCUCAAAAAAGACCUCCGCACUCUGGCUGAUACAUGUAUUUCCACUAUUAGUAAUCCAUCCCAGUGCCCAAAGCCUGGGCUGUCCCCUCUGAGAAUGCAACUAUACAAAAGGCACAGGGGAUGCAUUGAACUAUAUCAAUUGUUUGUACUUUAGUGUGGAUCCAUUCAUUCCACAAGUAUUGAGGAAUAAGAUAUAAAUCUCUGCCUUCUUGGAUAUCACAUUCUAGUUAGGAAGAGACAGAAAAUAAACAUGAUAAGUAGAUAAAUUAUAUAGUUGGUUAGAAGCUGGUAAGUGAUGCCCCCCUAUCAAAUAAGUAAAUAACUCACCAAAAUAUAGGGUAGGUGGGGUUAGGAGUGCUAGGAUGGGGGACAGGGAUGGGGCAGGGAAGUUGGCUAUAAUUUUAAUCGUGUGUUUAGGGUAGGCCUCAUUGAGAAGUUAGGAUCUGAACAAAGACUUUGAAAGAGGUCGGAGAGUUAGCUUUGUAGAUAUCCAGGGGCAAUAGCAUUCCAGGCAGCAGAAGCAGCUAGAGCCAAAGCCCUAAGCCUGAGCUAAGAUAGGGAUAGAGGCCAUUGUAGUAGAGGGGAAGAGUAAUGGGAGGAAGGUGGUGUAGGGCCCCUAGACUCUGAAAAAUCUCCAGCCUUGGACUUGCGUGGGAGAGGGGCAUGUGAGGAUUCUGAGCUGGGGGUACAUAACCUGCUGUGUUGGGACUUGACCAUAUAUCAGUGAGGAGGCUGUUGCAGACGUCCCAGGAAGAGAGGCUUAGGCCAGGAGGGCAGAAGUAGAUUCUGAUUAUUAUUGGAAGGGGGAGCUGACCGAAUUUGCUGAUGGAGUGAUGAGGUUUGAGACACUGAAGUCUGGGAUGACUUCACUAGCCACUUUCCUGAGCACACGUUCUAAUAAGCCAAGGCUCUAGGGCAGAUGAGUGCUCUGAUGUAAGAGGAUGGGAGCAGGGAGAGAGGAAAGGUGUGCACACAGGGGAGGCUGAGGGGCUCAAGCCACAGUACUACACCCUUUUAAUCUUAGCCGGACCCUGAUCUGGCAUCAGGCUCUAUUUUAGGCUACCUGACUGAACAAAUUGGGUUCUGAAGUUCCAAAGUUUGUGCCUGGAGCCCUAGAGUUCUCAGGGGACUGGAUCCCCACUUGGAAAUGAUCAGUGUCCCUCAGGAGUGAGGCUGGCUGGGCCGCUCUUGGGGGUCUGCAUAAACAGCUUCCUGGACUUUGCCAGGAGUGUGGGGGAGAGCCAAGCACAGCAAUUGGCAUGUCCCUCCUGCGAAGCCAAACCACUCCAGGACCUGCCCAAACCUGUGAAGUCUGAGACACCGAAUGUGUAUUUACCUGGGCUCAUGGCCUCAGAUAAAGGGAGGGGGGUGGAUUUAAGGAGCCCUAGCUACUCAUGGUGAGGCCCACCGCACACCUGCCCUGCCUUGUCUCCUCUGAGGAUCUGGGAUUGCAACACUUUGCUCUCUUCUGCUGAGUUAAUUAUUAAUGAGUUCUUUGUCACAUUCUCUGGUGAUGGGCAGAGGGCGGAAGUUUCCUGAGAGCUCUGAGUUCAGGGAGUUGGGGAAGUGGAGAGAAAGAGACCACCAGGUGGGAGAACUGAAAACACAGGCGUGUCAGUGUCCGAGGUGACCUUUCUCUGUGGGGGACUUGAGGGAGGUCUCUUUGUGUUGAAGAGACACUGCUUCUACUGACCCUUACUUGCUGAGUUGAGCUAGAUUUCACUGGAGUGCUUACAAGGGGCAAGACUCUAACAUUUAUUGGAAUAUCAAUUAUGCAUCAACUUACAUCAGCAACUUACUGCCCACUUUGCUAAUUACACUGUUUCUUCUGCCUACCUGAACUUACGCUAAAUUAGAAUCUGAGGGUUAGAAAUGCCCAAUUUAAUCCACAAAAUUCUACAUUUCUCCCUUAAGGGUCUUCAAGCCAAUUUCUUGGACAUAACCCUCCAAUGAUAGAGAACUUUCUGUUUAGGAGACACUGACGAAGUGGAAUAGGUAGUUAAGAAGUUCCUUUAAAUAGCAACUUUGAGGUCCUAGCAUUCCAAAACGGUGCCAGUGCAGGCUCUCCAGGGCCAAGAUAUGGACUGGGUGGCCCUCCAGGUUUCCCUAAAAGUUCUCCGACUCUAACCUGGGGGAAAGAGUGUCCUGUGAGACCAGCCUCUCAAUUUGGACCUGCCACGUCCAUUUACAGUGGCUGGAAGCCCAGGAGCCCUGAGCAAGGAGCCCACAAAGGAAGCUGUGUUCUCAGGCCUGGCAGGAGGCCAGGGAAAGUCUGUUUUGACUUUGUCAGUCUAGCUAUGCUUCAGCCUUUCCUUCCACCACUUGUGGUCAGGUCUGUUUUCUGGCCCUCCAGGCGGGCAUUCCUGCCCAGGGAGGGAGGGGCCAGGAGACUAACCCUCCCCACAGGUGGGAGGAGUGACUCACAGGCAGUUACCUGUCCCAGGGCUCCCUGCCAACUCUGUGGAAGGAGCUGGAGGGGAGGCAUUUAGAGUUACUCUGCUCAUUUCUCUUAAGCUUUCCUUGGAUGAGUUGAGCUUUGAAUCCUUCCUGAUAAACCUUGCCUUUUGAGGAUCCUCCAAAUUCCCCCAAGAAGCUGGGAUUUUUCUUUUUUUUUUUUUUCCACUGGGGAGGGGAAUGGUACUUUCCAGGGUCCUGGAUGUUUGGGUCUUCUCACCUUCCAGCCCAGUGACAUGUCUGGGGCUUUAACUCUCUAUAUAAGCCCUAAUCUUUGUGUUCUCUGCCGGAUCUUCUGUCUGGGGUGGUCCAGGUCACAAGAAGAAGCUGACCGCUGCUGGCCUUGGGAAAAUGAGGAGUUCAUUGCCUGGCACAGAUGCAAGGGCCCUUCCCCACCCUAUGAAUCCUGGUCUCUGAUGAUCACUUACAUGUGCCUGGUGCCGUUUGUGGUGCCCCUUGCAGCCCCCACAGGGAGGCGGGCAUUGUGGAGCUUACUGCAAGGCCUCUAGGACCAACCGACCAACCCACUUGCCCAGUCCUGUCCUGGGAGGUGGGGGUGCAGUGACGACAGAUGGGUGUGACGGCUGCCAGAUUCCUGAGACCCGCCCUGCGGUGGGGCUACACCCAGCCAGGGAGUCUCCAGAGGUGAGGCUGUUGUUUAAAAACCUGGAGCCAGGAGGGGAGACCCCCACAUUCAAGAGGAGCUUUCAGGCGAUCUGGAGGAAGAACGGCAGAACACACAGUGAGGUAAGGUCCUUUCUGGGGAUCACCCCAUUGGCUGAAGAUGAGACCACUCUUCCUCUUGUGUUUUGCCUUACCUGGCCUCCUGCAUGCCCAGCAAGCCUGCUCCCGUGGGGCCUGCUAUCCACCUGUCGGGGACCUGCUUGUUGGGAGGACCCGGUUUCUCCAAGCUUCAUCUACCUGUGGACUGACCAAGCCUGAGACCUACUGCACCCAGCAUGGUGAGUGGCAGAUGAAAUGCUGCAAGUGUGACUCCAGGCAGCCUCACAACUACUACAGUCACCGAGUAGAGAAUGUGGCUUCAUCCUCUGGCCCCAUGCGCUGGUGGCAGUCACAGAAUGAUGUGAACCCUGUCUCUCUGCAGCUGGACCUGGACAGGAGAUUCCAGCUUCAGGAAGUCAUGAUGGAGUUCCAGGGGCCCAUGCCCGCCGGCAUGCUGAUUGAGCGCUCCUCAGACUUCGGUAAGACCUGGCGAGUGUACCAGUACCUGGCUGCUGACUGCACCUCCACCUUCCCUCGGGUCCGCCAGGGCCGGCCUCAGAGCUGGCAGGAUGUUCGGUGCCAGUCCCUGCCCCAGAGGCCUAAUGCGCGCCUAAAUGGGGGGAAGGUCCAACUUAACCUUAUGGAUUUAGCAUCUGGGAUUCCAGCAACUCAAAGUAAAAAAAUUCAAGAGCUGGGGGAGAUCACAAACUUGAGAGUCAACUUCACCAGGCUGGCCCCUGUGCCCCAAAGGGGCUACCACCCUCCCAGCGCCUACUAUGCCGUGUCCCAGCUCCGUCUGCAGGGGAGCUGCUUCUGUCACGGCCAUGCUGAUCGCUGCGCCCCCAAGCCUGGGGCCUCUGCUGGCCCCUCCACCACCGUGCAGGUCCACGAUGUCUGCGUCUGCCAGCACAACACUGCCGGUCCAAAUUGUGAACGCUGUGCGCCCUUCUACAACAACCGACCCUGGAGACCUGCAGAGGGCCGGGACACCCAUGAAUGCCAAAGGUGCGACUGCAAUGGGCACUCAGAGACAUGUCACUUUGACCCCGCUGUGUUUGCCACCAGCCAGGGGGCAUAUGGAGGUGUGUGUGACAAUUGCCAGGACCACACCGAAGGCAAGAACUGUGAGCGGUGUCAGCUGCACUAUUUCCGGAACCGGCGCCCGGGAGCUUCCAUUCAGGAGACCUGCAUCCCCUGCGAGUGUGAUCCGGAUGGGGCAGUGCCAGGGGCUCCCUGUGACCCAGUGACCGGGCAGUGUGUGUGCAAGGAGCAUGUGCAGGGAGAGCGCUGUGACCUAUGCAAGCCGGGCUUCACUGGACUCACCUACGCCAACCCGCAGGGCUGCCACCGCUGUGACUGCAACAUCCUGGGGUCCCGGAGGGACAUGCCGUGUGACGAGGAGAGUGGGCGCUGCCUGUGUCUGCCCAACGUGGUGGGCCCCAAGUGUGACCAGUGCGCUCCCUACCACUGGAAGCUGGCCAGUGGCCAGGGCUGUGAACCGUGUGCCUGCGACCCACACAACUCCCACAGCCCCCAGUGCAACCAGUUCACAGGGCAGUGCCCCUGUCGGGAAGGCUUUGGUGGCCUGACGUGCAGCGCUGCAGCCAUCCGCCAGUGUCCAGACCGGACCUAUGGAGACGCAGCUACAGGAUGCCGAGCCUGUGACUGUGAUUUCCGGGGAACAGAGGGCCCAGGCUGUGACAAGGCAUCGGGCCGCUGCCUCUGCCGCACUGGCUUGACUGGGCCCCGCUGUGACCAGUGCCAGCGAGGCUACUGCAACCGCUACCCGGUGUGUGUGGCCUGCCACCCUUGUUUCCAGACCUAUGAUGCGGACCUCCGGGAGCAGGCCCUGCGCCUUGGUAGCCUCCGCAAUGCCACCACCAGCCUGUGGUCAGGGCCAGGGCUGGAGGACCGUGGCCUGGCCUCCCAGAUCCUAGAUGCAAAGAGUAAGAUUGAGCAGAUCCGAGCAGUUCUCAGCAGCGCUGCAGUCACAGAGCAGGAGGUGGCUCAGGUGGCCAGUGCCAUCCUCUCCCUCAGGCGAACUCUCCAGGGCCUGCAGCCGGAUCUGCCCCUAGAGGAGGAGACGUUGUCCCUUCCGAGAGACCUGGAGAGUCUGGACAGAAGCUUCAAUGGUCUCCUCACUAUGUAUCAGAGGAAGAGGGAGCAGUUUGAAAAACUAAGCAGUGCUGAUCCUUCAGGAGCCUUCCGGAUGCUGACCACAGCCUAUGAGCAGUCAGCCCAGGCUGCUCAGCAGGUCUCCGACAGCUCGCGCCUUUUGGACCAGCUCAGGGACAGCCGGAGAGAGGCAGAGAGGCUGGCGCAGCAGGCGGGAGGAGGAGGAGGCACUGGCAGCCCCCAGCUUGUGGCCUUGAGGCUGGAGAUGUCUUCGUUGCCUGACCUGACACCCACCUUCAACAAGCUCUGUGGCAGCUCCAGGCAGAUGGCUUGCACCCCAGGAUCAUGCCCUGGUGAGCUGUGUCCCCAUGACAAUGGCACAGCCUGUGGCUCCCACUGCAGGGGUGUCCUUCCCAGGGCCGGUGGGGCCUUCUGGACGGCAGGGCAGGUGGCUGAGCAGCUGCGGGGCUUCAAUGCCCAGCUCCAGCGGACCAGGCAGAUGAUUAGGGCAGCCGAGGAAUCAGCCUCGCAGAUUCAAUCCAAUACCCAGCGCCUGGAGACCCAGGUGAGCACCAGCCGCUCCCAGAUGGAGGAAGAUGUCAGACGCACGCGGCUCCUCAUCCAGCAGGUCCGGGAUUUCCUAACAGACCCCGACACUGAUGCAGCCACUAUCCAGGAGGUCAGCGAGGCCGUGCUGGCCCUGUGGCUGCCCACAGACUCAGCUACUGUUCUGCAGAAGAUGAAUGAGAUCCAGGCCAUUGCAGCCAGGCUCCCCAACGUGGACCUGGUGCUGUCCCAGACCAAGCAGGACAUUGCACGGGCCCGCAGGCUGCAGGCUGAGGCUGAGGAAGCCAGGAGCCGAGCCCAUGCAGUGGAGGGCCAGGUGGAGGAUGUGGUUGGGAACCUGCGACAGGGCACAGUGGCACUGCAGGAAGCUCAGGACACCAUGCAAGGCACCAGCCGCUCCCUUAGGCUUAUCCAGGACAGGGUUGCUGAGGUUCAGCAGGUACUGCAGCCAGCAGAAAAGCUGGUGACAAGCAUGACCAAGCAGCUGGGUGACUUCUGGACACGGAUGGAGGAGCUCCGCCGCCAAGCCCGGCAGCAGCGGGCACAGGCAGUCCAGGCCCAGCAGCUUGCAGAAGGUGCCAGCGAGCAGGCAUUGAGUGCCCAAGAGGGAUUUGAGAGAAUAAAACAAAAGUAUGCUGAGUUGAAGGACCGGUUGGGUCAGAGUCCCACGCUGGGUGAACAGGGUGCCCGGAUCCAGAGUGUGAAGACAGAGGCAGAGGAGCUAUUUGGGGAGACCAUGGAGAUGAUGGACAGGAUGAAAGGACUCCCGGCUUGACACCUUUAAGUCUCUGUGGACGAUGCCAUUCUCAUGGAGGUAUUUCACUGCCGACAAGACCUGCUGGAUCACCAGGCUGGCAUCCUUCUCUGUGUAGACACCCCGCUCCAGGAUCCGGUCAAAGAGCUCCCCACCAGAAACACUGUGGGCAUAGGAUCAAGACAGUAAUUCUGUUCUCAUUUCAGGUCAAAGUAAUGUGAAGGUGUUUGCUUUGAAGCCAUGGGGGACCCAGCUGUGGUGGAACAGGCAGGCACCCAUGAACUGCGAUUGAAGGGCUGCUGGCAGGACUACUCCAGUCUCAGAACACCCACUCUGGGCACUUAGAGUGAUAUCACUAGGCAGUCAUUUCUUUGGGCCAAGCACUGACCUCUCUCUCUGACAAUUUCCUUUAAAAUGUAAAUGCUUCCGGUUGGGGUUGCACAAGAAGCCAAUAAUUCCUUAGUGUGGACACACUUCUUAGCCACUUUCCUUCCUGGCCUAUGACACAGGAAGCCAUGAUGAAAGAGAGGGCUGACACAGAAAUUAAGCAAAGUAGGAAAGGGAAGGCAUGAAAGUGAAACUAACUGUGCUUAUAUUAAGAUUUCUUUCCUCAUUUUGGGAAAUUGGACUUCGUAAAGCUGGAAUUACAGGUAGGGCUGUACAGGUGCUUUGAGACUCAAAUGGUAGAGUAUCUUAGGACUCAGAGAAGCUUAAAGAUCAAGUCUGGCUUCUAUCUCGUGAAUACCGUCUACACUAUUUUUGCCUAGAAGUUUUCUAGUGAGUACUAGAACAGUUAAGUGUCAGAGAACAUUCUACCUCCUAAGACAGAGUGUUUUUUGGCAUCUUCCUAAUGUUUCUGUACAUUAUGUUGAAAGCUGAUGCCCUGUCAUACCAGUGCUACCAAUUUCACCCAUUGAGACUGCACAGAACAAGAAUAACAGCCUUUCCUGUGCACCUUUCAAGUAUUCAAAGAUAGUGAAAUGCUCUCUGGAGGCCUUGUCUUCUCUGAGAUAAGCAUUCCCAGACUAUUUCAACCAUGAGCCAGGGGUUCUAGUCCUUUCACCCUCCUAGUCCCCCUUACCACUGUCCCAUGACAUUAGAUGUGGUCAUUCAUGCCCAACUAGUGAUGAAGGAACAGAAUUUCUCCAAUCAAAAUUCACCUUAUCCUGCUCUUUGGUUUCCGGUCUUUAGACUUUGGGCUUUCCUAUAGUAGCUGAAGGCCUGUAGGAAAUGCGCUGUUUGUACAGAGGUAUGAAUUCCUAACCCUGAGGGGCCUGAGUCCUGGAGCUAUGCUCUGAGGAGGCUUGGUGUCUCCUCAGGGGCGUCCAACCCUGCCCAUCUCCUUGCCUCCCUGCCUUCUGAAUUACUGUGUGCUAAUCCUGUUGGCUUGGCCUCAUUGAAGUACCUGAUGGUCCCUGAUCACCUGUUAGUGCCACUAGGGGCCCUUCCCAUCUCACUCCCUUGACUGCCUGCUACCUCUCUUUAGAGGCCCUCAGAUGACCCCCAAGUUAAUCAGCUGCUUAGGCCUGAGUUAGCUCAUUAAAGUUUCUUAGGAAUCAGCCCAUCAGCCAAAAAUCAUGUUGUGUCCAGCCACGCUGAGAUUGCAGAGUGGUGUGUGAGUGCGUGUGUGUAUGCAUGUGCAAGUGUGUGUAUUUGUGUGUGUGUGUACUUUAUAAACAGAAGUGUCUUUGAGCCCAAUGCUGAGUCCUCAUGAACACCGACCAACCUCUACAGCAGUCGCUGUCAGGCAGAACUGUUGUUUGGAUGUGGCAAUGACACAGAGACCUUGCUAAUGAAGCACCACUUCUGUCCUACAGGUGGACACGCACAGUCACAGCCCAUCUUUAACUUUGGGUGGCUCUCUUUUGAGAAAAUCUUUCUUUAUAUUGAAAUAUAUCUACCUGUGGCUUCUGCUCCUACAGUAAUUUUAUGCUGGAGUGAUGUUAAAACAUUUACUAUCCAAUUUGAUUAACAUGUAUUGGUCCAAAUGGAUUGAAGCCAUGGUGCCAGGAAAGGAUUCUGGCAACCCCUUGUUAGUCUGGCAUUACCCCUUCAGUUGUUUGGUUGCAAGGGGCGAGGAGGGGUUGGGCAGCAGAAGGACAUGGAUGGGUUGGGGUCCCAGCUAUUUG